CCCCACCUCUCCGACACUGACGAAAUAACAGCGUGCGUUUGGAAAAAUUGCUUACUUGUUGCUUGCCAGCACUUCACAAGUUUCUGUCGCUCCGCGCAGAACCAGGAUCAUCCGGGACUGGGACCCUGUAACUCUGGAGCAUCACACAGAAGAGGAAGGCGCACCGGGGAGAUAAGUGCUGCUGCGCCGAUUCUGACUGGACAUAUUUGGGCACUUUUUACGCACGCAUGUUACGCACCGGGACUAACGGAAUUUAAGGGCAUUUAACUGUAUUCAUGUACAUUUUAUGGACUAAAACACCUUUAAACAUGAUACUAAAUAUAAAGCAUAUCCUAUGGCUAAGUUGUCUCUGGGAAGCUGCAGCUGCAACAGACUCCAACCAGUUAUCCAUAAUCAGGCCAGUGACCGGGUCCCUCUCGCAGAAGGUAAACCUGCCCUGCUUCUUCUCCACCAUCCCGACCACGGCACCGGUCGUCAGUCCCAACGGGGCGACCGUUUUGAGCAAAGACUACCUGCGAAUCAAAUGGGUCAAAAUGGAGGGCGACGUGGAAUCCACGGUGCUGGUGGCGCAAUAUGGCGUCAUCAAGAUUGGCUCCAGCUACAGGAACCGCGUGUCGGUGCCCAGUCACCCUGAAGACGUCGGCGACGCCUCACUGACGAUGGUGAAACUGCGCGCCAGUGAUGCCGGCACCUAUCGCUGUGAGGUCAUAUACGGCAUUGAGGACACACAGGACACGGUGAACCUCGAUGUCGACGGUGUUGUCUUUCACUACCGGGCUAGCACCAGCAGGUACACACUGGACUACCAGAGCGCUGUCAGAGCGUGCCAGAAUGUUGGAGCAACCAUUGCGACGCAUGAUCAGCUGAGAGCGGCCCACGAGGACGGCUUUGAUCAGUGUGACGCCGGCUGGGUCGCUGACCAGACGGUCAGAUACCCAAUUAUAAAGCCGAGGGCCGGCUGCUAUGGCAACCUAAAGGCCAAACCUGGCAUUAGGUCAUAUGGAGUCAGGAAGCCCACGGAGACCUAUGAUGUGUACUGUUAUGUAGAUAAACUGGAUGGUGAAGUAUUCUUUGCUCCCGUGACAACCAAGAUGACUUUGGACGAGGCCCGCGAAGAGUGCGCGAUGAGGAGUUCUGUCUUGGCGUCCCCCGGCCAACUCCAUGCUGCCUGGCGAAAGGGCCUGGACAGAUGUGACUACGGCUGGCUGUCUGAUGGCAGCGUACGACACCCUGUCGCGGUGCCCAGAUUGCAGUGUGGCGGAGGCCUGCUCGGUGUCAGGACCAUGUAUCGCUACAGAAACCAGACCGGCUUCCCAGAACCGACUAAGAAGCUUGGAGCCUACUGUUUCAAAGGAAAGAGAUUGAGACAAGUGAUCAGCCACACGUCCUUUGUGGAAGUGUCCAUGGUAGAAAUGUCUUCCACCACCGUCGUCAGCUCCACUUCCUCCAUCCCUCUACUGGAGAGUAGCACCUCUACGCUAACCCCGAAACCUGAAACUGCAUCAGAGGCAGAUGAUGUCACAUUUAUGUUCUCUGCCAGUAUGGCUCCACCUCGCUCCACGCCAGCGGGAGAAGAAGAGGAGUUGUUCACCACAGUCGAACCCACGAUCCGAGAGGAACCUGAUGAAAGUCAUCACCCAGUUUCCCCAGACGCAGAACUCAAGUACACAACAGAGAGCACUGCUAUCAAAGAAUCGGUCUCUAACGCUGUGAAAGAUCCCAAAGAUCAGUCAGUGAUCAAUAUAGUUACAAUUCAACCUGAUGUCCAAGUUACAGUGGAGUCUCUCGGCACAAAGUCCAUGUUUGUCAUAGGGAAGACUGAGGAAACUAUUCCAGGUGACGUGCUAACCACCGCGAUGACCUCCGAUCUCAGCGACAGUCCAACAGAAUUCGUAGAACUGACCAGCGAGGAAGCGUUCAGCUCCUCUGAGUCAACAGACUCACCAAAUGGGCUUCAUUCAACAACACCAUUCCCCGAUUAUGAUCUCGACGUGGAUGGGAUUGACCCUUUCUUUGGCGUUGAGGCACGACCGCCGACUCCACCAUCCGAACACAUCUUUUCAUCCACCCCAUUAGACGGAACCAAAAUCCCCUCAACUCUUCCCCCUGACACCACUUAUAUGUGUAACACCCGACCGGGCAGCGAUGUGAGCCACCACACGGAACCACCAGAGGAGACGCAGACCACAACUCCACGGCAGGACGCGGAGACACCGGCUGUCGUCGACAAGGAGAGGACGCCCGCCGCCAUCCUGACCGAGAGCGGAAACUUAGCCGAGGAGGCCACGUCGUCGACAAGUGUUUUUGACGAGUCCACCUAUCAGGUGCACGAACACAGCGUCGACAGCAUGGCAGAGGACAAAACGGUGACCGACACUGAACCGGAGUUCUUCACAGCUGUGGCUCACAAAACCAGCACUCCAGCACAGCGGUCCAACCAAGUCACGCAGACGCAGAAUGUAUCAGUGGGCCAGGUUCUACUUCCACAAGGUUCUUUGUCUCCUGCCAUUUCACCUGCACCAGACCAACACACUCCUACCCAUGGUGAGCCUGUUCUGCAGAGUGGAGACCCGGACCUUGUCUCUCAAGGUGCUGUAACCCUCACCACUCCAACCGUUAGUUUUAUAAAUGGUAAACAAGAGAUCACAUUGGAGCCACAGAGUCCUGGCGAAAAAGAGGCCAUAGGCACCCAGAUUAUGACAAAUGUGACGAUAAGUGAUGAAGUAUUUGAUUAUCAAUGGAACAAGCUCCCUGUUGAUAGUUCCACUGAUUCUAUCGAGGAACCCACCGAAGGAGGAAUCGCUACAGAGAUACCAAAUGUUGAUGAAUAUGACACUGAUACAAUCUCAGUAGUUGAAUCAAAGCCUCCUCUCAUAUUCCCUCAAGAGGAUGACAUCACCAAAGUAGGCCCCACACACGAAGACUCAACCUCACUUUCAGUCACAACAGUGGAGGGUACAUCAAAAACGACUGAGGCAGGACCAGCUGCCAUAGAGGGAACGAGUGAUAUCACCAUCGUCUCUGCUGGUUUAGCCUCUACGGCAACACCAGCUGAACCACAGGUCACCAAAACAGCAGAAGAAAGCCAGACAAUAAAAGCUGACCAAGAAACCACCACUAUCAUCUCUGCAUCUGUACAAGACGUGAGAGAUGAGUCAGGGAGGACUCCCACUUCAGUGAAAAGUGACUCAUUAGUGACUCAGACAGAAAAGGAGGAGGACCUUGUUACACGUCCAACUGAGAUCCACACAGCCAGAUAUACAGCAGAAACCACAGAGGAAACAAAGAGCACAUCUGCCACUCCAGCUGCAGAAGACAGCACUCAGUCUACACACAAAACUGCAUCCCAUCCCUCCACUGAUGACGCUGAUGACUCUGAGAGCUCCACUCAAGGUGUGGAGGACGGGAAGGAGACUCGAACCCCAGAAGAAUUUGCCUUCAGCACAACCACUUUUUCAGUGUCUGAAAGUUCUGCUCCUCCUGAACAAACAGCCAAGACUGAGAUAACACCAGCCUUAGAUGUAGAAAGCACUGAAUCAUCAUCAGGUGUUGCACAUACCCUGGCUGGCACAUCAGAGGGAACAGUCAUAAGCCAGGCAGGACAUACAGUCAGUCAAUUACCUUCCAUAUCACCCACUGAGAAAGCUGCAACUGAUGCAGUGUCUUCUUUUGAGGAUAGUUCAAGAGUCCAAGGAGAAAGCACGUUUGGAACCAGUCCUCCAUCACACACAGUUGGUGGCACUGCACAUUCUUUAUUACCGUUAAGCACUACACAUAAAACAGAUGAAGCAACAAGGGAGAGAGAUCUAACAUUACAAACUGUACAAACAGCAGGCGUAGAUAAAACAUCGGUUAUUGCCACUGAGCCAGGUGAAACUCCAGCAACCGCGACUGUACAGGAUGAGAAGAAACAACAGGACACGGCUUCUCCCUCACAUGAAUCUGCUACAACCACUGCUUCCACGUUAUACAAUGCUAUUGAAAUUGUCAAGACAACUAUGGCUUCAUUCACAGGAUUUUUCACUCAGUACUCGACGCAAAGUGAAUCACAAAGUGAUUUACCUGACAAAGAGGCAGUUACCAGUGAGGAAACAUCUACCAGUGUCACAGAUAAUGGGCCUUCAGGAAAUCAAACUUACUCACCUGUGACCACAGCUCAAACACAACCUUCAUCUGUGAGUCUAGUAGGUACAGAAACAGCUUCAUUACAUCUUAGCACUGUUGGAGAGAGUGCAGGUGAUCAAGUCUCAAUUGACAUGCUUGACACAAAGACUGGGACUGAAACUGAAACAAAUGUUUCAUUAGCAGAAUCUGUGACUUCAGCUUCAUUACUUUUCAGUACGAAACGACCAGAUUCAGUAUCUCAUGAUAUACAAACUACAAAUCAGACAAGGGAAGUAACAGUGAUGCCUACAGCGUCCCUGCUGAUCAGUUCUGUAACACCUAUAGAUCAGAUGAGUGAGGAACAAAUCAGUAGUGUCACAAAACAGGCAGACAAUCUUCUCUCUCCAGUUGGUGACAAAACAGGAACAUCUACUGUCACUCCAGUAGAACAGAGCUCAGUUGGCCUAACCUCAGUCAUAGCUAUGACUUCAUCUUCAUUCGUCACUGCAACAACGCUGUCACAGAGAACAAAGGAAAGUGUUGAGACAGAUGAGACAAAAAUAACAGAAAGUACAAGAGACAUUUCCACAUCCAUGCCUUCCCUCAUGACAUCAACCAUGAAAUCUGAAACAGUAUCUAGUAAAGAUUCAUCAACAGAAAUUGUAUCAUACGGAUACAAUACAAGCACUUCCUUUUCAACGAAAACACAAGGGACUGUUACCAUGAGUCAGAUAGAGGAAGAUUCAGUAACUCCAGAGAAAGGUUCGGCUAUCCCAACAAGUGAAAAAGAAAGCUCAUCUGAACAGACAACUGAUGCAUCAAUCAAAGACACUGCAGCCUCUACAGUUUUGUCACUCUUCAGCACAGAGAAGCCUACAGCACUUCCAGUUAGCGACCAAGACAGUGCUGUCACAGAUCAGACUGCAAAGCCCUCAUAUCAUACUGAUGAUUUUUCUUCCACCACUGCAACACAGGGAGAAGGAUCAGGUGACCAAACUCCAGACAUGUUCACUUCAUCCUCCUUUGUCCCUGAUACAUCGUCUUUAUUCAGCACUGUGUCCCCAACAGCACAAUCUCCGCAAACAAAAGAAAGUCUUGGAACAGAUCAGACAAAAUUACCAUCACUUUCAGCAGAACCGCCAGUUUCUACAGUCUCUGAUGAGGUAAUAAGCUCAAGAACAGUGGCACCAAGUUUGCCUUCUUUCAUAUCAUCAACCAUUCAGGGUAUUGAUGAUGAUGAUAUUGUCAGUGAAGUUACAAUGGUUGAGUCCAGUCCGCCCAUCAUAGCAUCAACAAUUAAAUCUGAAACAUCAUCCUUCCUCAUCACAACUGAUAAAGAGAGUUCUGGAGAAGGCACAACUGACUUUACUGAAGACUCAGUCUUCACUACAACUGUUUUCCCUUCAAAGUUGAGUUCAGAGUCACCAUCAGUUACUGUAUCACAGGAAUCCAAAACAGGUGCCGCUUCCUCGGCCACUGUUACAAUUGCUUCAUCACUUUACAGUACUGACAAACCAACUUCAUUGUCAUCUAAAACACAAGAGACUGUUACCAUGAGUCAGACAGAGGAAGAUUCAGUGACACCUGAAAAGGGUUCUGCCUCCCCAACAACUGAUGCAUCAAUCAAAGACACUGCAUCUCCUUCUGUUUCAUCGUUGUUCAGUACAGAGAAGCCAACAGGACUGCCAGUUAGGGACCAAGACAGUGCUGUCACAGAUCAGACUGCAAUGCCCUCGUAUCAGGAUGAUGGUUUUUCUUCCACCACUGCAACACAGGGAGAAGGAUCAGGUGACCAAACACCAGACAUGUUUCGUUCAUCCUCUUUUGUCCCUGAUACAGCUUCAUCCUUAUACAUCACUGUUGCCCCAACAGCACAAUCACCUGGAACAAAAGAAAGUCUUGGAACAGAUCAGACAACAAUAUCAUCACCCUCAGGAGAACCACUGAUUUCUUCAGUCUCUGCGGAAGUGCUUAGAAGCUCAAUAACAUCGACUCAAAGUCCACCUUCUUUCAUAUCAUCAACCAUUCAGGGUAUUGAUGAUGAUGAUGACGAUAUUGUCAGUGAAGUUACAAUGGUUGAGUCCAGUCCGCCCAUCAUAGCAUCAACAAUUAAAUUUGAAACAGCAUCCUUCCUCAUCACAACCGGUACAGAGAGUUCUGGAGAAGGCACAACUGACUUUACUAAAGACUCAGUCUUCACUACAACUGUUUCCCCUUCAAACCUGAGUUCAGGAUCUCCAUCAGUUACUGCAUCACAGGAAUCCAAAACAGGUGCUUCUUCAUCAGCCACUGUUACAAUUGCUUCAUCACUUUACAGUACUGACAAACCAACUUCAUUGUCAUCUAAAACACAAGAGACUGUUACCAUGAGUCAGACAGAGGAAGAUUCAGUGACACCUGAAAAGGGUUCUGCCUCCCCAACAACUGAUGCAUCAAUCAAAGACACUGCAUCUCCUUCUGUUUCAUCGCUGUUCAGCACAGAGAAGCCAACAGCACUGCCAGUUAGGGAACAGGGCAGUGCUGUCACAGAUCAGACUGCAAAGCCCUCAUAUCAUACUGAUGAUUUUUCUUCCACCACUGCAACACAGGGAGAAGGAUCAGGUGACCAAACUCCAGACAUGUUCACUUCAUCCUCCUUUGUCCCUGAUACAUCGUCUUUAUUCAGCACUGUGUCCCCAACAGCACAAUCUCCUCAAACAAAAGAAAGUCUUGGAACAGAUCAGACAAAAUUACCAUCACUUUCAGCAGAACUGCCAGUUUCUACAGUCUCUGAUGAGGUAAUAAGCUCAAGAACAGUGACACCAAGUUUGCCUUCUUUCAUAUCAUCAACCAUUCAGGGUAUUGAUGAUGACAAUAUUGUCAGUGAAGUAACAAUGGUUGAGUCCAGUCCGCCCAUCAUAGCAUCAACCAUUAAAUCUGAAACAGCAUCCUUCCUCAUCACAACUGAUACAGAGAGUUCUGGAGAAGGCACAACUGACUUUACUGAAGACUCAGUCUUCACUACAACUGUUUUCCCUUCAAAAUUGAGUCCAGAGUCAUCAUCAGUUACUGCAUCACAGGAAUCCAAAACAGGUGCUUCUUCCUCGGCCACAGUUACAAUUGCUUCAUCACUUUACAGUACUGACAAACCAACUUCAUUGUCAUUGAAAACACAAGAGUCUGUUACCAUGAGUCAGACAGAGAAAGAUUCAGUGACACCUGAAAAGGGUUCUGCCUCCCCAACAACUGAUGCAUCAAUCAAAGACACUGCAUCUCCUUCUGUUUCAUCGCUGUUCAGCACAGAGAAGCCAACAGCACGGCCAGUUAGCGACCAAGACAGUGCUGUCACAGAUCAGACUGCAAAGCCCUCAUAUCAUACUGAUGAUUUUUCUUCCACCACUGCAACACAGGGAGAAGGAUCAGGUGACCAAACUCCAGAUAUGUUCACUUCAUCCUCCUUUGUCCCUGAUACAUCGUCUUUAUUCAGCACUGUGUCCCCAACAGCACAAUCUCCUCAAACAAAAGAAAGUCUUGGAACAGAUCGGACAAAAUUACCAUCACUUUCAGCAGAACCGCCAGUUUCUACAGUCCCUGAUGAGGUAAUAAGCUCAAGAACAGUGACACCAAGUUUGCCUUCUUUCAUACCAUCAACCAUUCGGGGUAUUGAUGAUGAUGAUGAUGAUAUUGUCAGUGAAGUUACCAGGGUUGAGUCCAGUCCGCCCAUCAUAGCAUCAACCAUGAAAUCUGAAAGAGCAUCCUUCCUCAUCACAACUGAUAAGGAGAGUUCUGGAGAAGGCACUACGGACUUUACUGAAGACUCAGUCUUCACUACAACUGUUUUCCCUUCAAAGUUGAGUUCAGAGUCACCAUCAGUUACUGCAUCACAGGAAUCCAAAACAGGUGCUUCUUCCUCGGCCACUGUUACAAUUGCUUCAUCACUUUAUAGUACUGACAAACCAACUUCAUUGUCAUCUAAAACACAAGAGACUGUUACCAUGGGUCAGACAGAGGAAGAUUCAGUGACACCUGAAAAGGGUUCUGCCUCCCCAACAACUGAUGCAUCAAUGAAAGACACUGCAUCUCCUUCUGUUUCAUCGCUGUUCAGCACAGAGAAGCCAACAGCACUGCCAGUUAGGGAACAGGGCAGUGCUGUCACAGAUCAGACUGCAAAGCCCUCAUAUCAGACUGAUGAUUUUUCUUCCACCACUGCAACACAGGGAGAAGGAUCAGGUGACCAAACUCCAGACAUGUUCACUUCAUCCUCCUUUGUCCCUGAUACAUCGUCUUUAUUCAGCACUGUGUCCCCAACAGCACACUCUCCUCAAACAAAAGAAAGUCUUGGAACAGAUCAGACAAAAUUACCAUCACUUUCAGCAGAACCGCCAGUUUCUACAGUCUCUGAUGAGGUAAUAAGCUCAAGAACAGUGACACCAAGUUUGCAUUCUUUCAUAUCAUCAACCAUUCAGGGUAUUGAUGAUGACAAUAUUGUCAGUGAAGUAACAAUGGUUGAGUCCAGUCCGCCCAUCAUAGCAUCAACCAUUAAAUCUGAAACAGCCUCCUUCCUCAUCACAACUGAUACAGAGAGUUCUGGUGAAGGCACAACUGACUUUCCUGAAGACUCAGUCUUCACUACAACUGUUUUCCCUUCAAAAUUGAGUCCAGAGUCAUCAUCAGUUACUGCAUCACAGGAAUCCAAAACAGGUGCUUCUUCCUCGGCCACAGUUACAAUUGCUUCGUCACUUUACAGUACUGAAAAACCAACUUCAUUGUCAUUGAAAACACAAGAGUCUGUUACCAUGAGUCAGACAGAGAAAGAUUCAGUGACACCUGAAAAGGGUUCUGCCUCCCCAACAACUGAUGCAUCAAUCAAAGACACUGCAUCUCCUUCUGUUUCAUCGCUGUUCAGCACAGAGAAGCCAACAGCACGGCCAGUUAGCGACCAAGACAGUGCUGUCACAGAGCAGACUGCAAAGCCCUCAUAUCAUACUGAUGAUUUUUCUUCCACCACUGCAACACAGGGAGAAGGAUCAGGUGACCAAACUCCAGACAUGUUCACUUCAUCCUCCUUUGUCCCUGAUACAUCGUCUUUAUUCAGCACUGUGUCCCCAACAGCACAAUCUCCUCAAACAAAAGAAAGUCUUGGAACAGAUCAGACAAAAUUACCAUCACUUUCAGCAGAACCGCCAGUUUCUACAGUCUCUGAUGAGGUAAUAGGCUCAAGAACAGUGACACCAAGUUUGCCUUCUUUCAUAUCAUCAACCAUUCGGGGUAUUGAUGAUGAUGAUGAUGAUAUUGUCAGUGAAGUUACCAGGGUUGAGUCCAGUCCGCCCAUCAUAGCAUCAACCAUGAAAUCUGAAAGAGCAUCCUUCCUCAUGACAACUGAUAAGGAGAGUUCUGGAGAAGGCACUACGGACUUUACUGAAGACUCAGUCUUCACUACAACUGUUUUCCCUUCAAAGUUGAGUUCAGAGUCACCAUCAGUUACUGCAUCACAGGAAUCCAAAACAGGUGCUUCUUCCUCGGCCACUGUUACAAUUGCUUCAUCACUUUAUAGUACUGACAAACCAACUUCAUUGUCAUCUAAAACACAAGAGACUGUUACCAUGAGUCAGACAGAGGAAGAUUCAGUGACACCUGAAAAGGGUUCUGCCUCCCCAACAACUGAUGCAUCAAUGAAAGACACUGCAUCUCCUUCUGUUUCAUCGCUGUUCAGCACAGAGAAGCCAACAGCACUGCCAGUUAGCGACCAAAACCGUGCUGUCACAGAUCAGACGGCAAAGCCCUCAUAUCAGACUGAUGAUUUUUCUUCCACCACUGCAACACAGGGAGAAGGAUCAGGUGACCAAACUCCAGACAUGUUCACUUCAUCCUCCUUUGACCCUGAUACAUCGUCUUUAUUCAGCACUGUGUCCCCAGAAGCACAAUCUCCUCAAACAAAAGAAAGUCUUGGAAUAGAUCAGACAAAAUUACCAUCACUUUCAGCAGAACCGCCAGUUUCUACAGUCUCUGAUGAGGUAAUAAGCUCAAGAACAGUGACACCAAGUUUGCCUUCUUUCAUAUCAUCAACCAUUCGGGGUAUUGAUGAUGAUGAUGAUGAUGAUAUUGUCAGUGAAGUUACAAGGGUUGAGUCCAGUCCGCCCAUCAUAGCAUCAACCAUGAAAUCUGAAACAGCAUCCUUCCUCAUCACAACUGAUAAAGAGAGUUCUGGAGAAGGCACAACUGACUUUCCUGAAGACUCAGUCUUCACUACAACUAUUUUCCCUUCAAAGUUGAGUUCAGAGUUACCAUCAGUUACUGCAUCACAGGAAUCCAAAACAGGUGCUUCUUCCUCGGCCACUGUUACAAUUGCUUCAUCACUUUACAGUACUGACAAGCCAACUUCAUUGUCAUCUAAAACACAAGAGACUGUUACCAUGAGUCAGACAGAGGAAGAUUCAGUGACACCUGAAAAGGGUUCUGCCUCCCCAACAACUGAUGCAUCAAUCAAAGACACUGCAUCUCCUUCUGUUUCAUCGUUGUUCAGUACAGAGAAGCCAACAGGACUGCCAGUUAGGGACCAAGACAGUGCUGUCACAGAUCAGACUGCAAUGCCCUCGUAUCAGGAUGAUGGUUUUUCUUCCACCACUGCAACACAGGGAGAAGGAUCAGGUGACCAAACUCCAGACAUGUUUCCUUCAUCCUCUUUUGUCCCUGAUACAGCUUCCUCCUUAUACAUCACUGUUGCCCCAACAGCACAAUCACCUGGAACAAAAGAAAGUCUUGGAACAGAUCAGACGACAAUAUCAUCAACCUCAAGAGAACCACUGAUUUCUUCAGUCUCUGCGGAAGUGCUUAGAAGCUCAAUAACAUCGACUCAAAGUCCACCUUCUUUCAUAUCAUCAACCAUUCAGGGUAUUGAUGAUGACAAUAUUGUCAGUGAAGUUACAAUGGUUGAGUCCAGUCCGCCCAUCAUAGCAUCAACCAUGAAAUCUGAAACGGCAUCCUUCCUCAUCACAACUGAUACAGAGAGUUCUGGAGAAGGCACAACUGACUUUAUUGAAGACUCAGUCUUCACUACAACUGUUUUCCCUUCAAAAUUGAGUCCAGAGUCAUCAUCAGUUACUGCAUCACAGGAAUCCAAAACAGGUGCUUCUUCCUCGGCCACUGUUACAAUUGCUUCGUCACUUUACAGUACUGAAAAACCAACUUCAUUGUCAUUGAAAACACAAGAGUCUGUUACCAUGAGUCAGACAGAGAAAGAUUCAAUGACACCUGAAAAGGGUUCUGCCUCCCCAACAACUGAUGCAUCAAUCAAAGACACUGCAUCUCCUUCUGUUUCAUCGCUGUUCAGCACAGAGAAGCCAACAGCACUGCCAGUUAGCGACCAAGACCGUGCUGUCACAGAUCAGACUGCAAAGCCCUCAUAUCAUACUGAUGAUUUUUCUUCCACCACUGCAACACAGGGAGAAGGAUCAGGUGACCAAACUCCAGACAUGUUCACUUCAUCCUCCUUUUUCCCUGAUACAUCGUCUUUAUUCAGCACUGUGUCCCCAACAGCACAAUCUCCUCAAACAAAAGAAAGUCUUGGAACAGAUCAGACAAAAUUACCAUCACUUUCAGCAGAACCGCCAGUUUCUACAAUCUCUGAUGAGGUAAUAAGCUCAAGAACAGUGGCACCAAGUUUGCCUUCUUUCAUAUCAUCAACCAUUCAGGGUAUUGAUGAUGACGAUAUUGUCAGUGAAGUUACAAUGGUUGAAUCUAGUCCAUCCAUCAUGGCAUCAACCAUUAAAUCUGAAACGGCAUCUUUCCUCAUCGCAACCGAUACAGAGAGUUCUGGCGAAGGCACUACGGACUUUACUGAAGACUCAGUCUUCACUACAACUGUUUUCCCUUCAAAGUUGAGUUCACAGUCACCAUCAGUUACUGCAUCACAGGAAUCCAAAACAGGUGCUCCUUCCUUGGCCACUGUUACAAUUGCUUCAUCACUUUACAGUACUGACAAACCAACUUCAUUGUCAUCUAAAACACAAGAGACUGUUACCAUGAGUCAGACAGAGAAAGAUUCAGUGACACCUGAAAAGAGUUCUGCCUCCCCAACAACUGAUGCAUCAAUCAAAGACACUGCAUCUCCUUCUGUUUCAUCGCUGUUUAGCACAGAGACGCCAACGGCACUACCAGUUAGGGAACAGGGCAGUGCUGUCACAGAUCAGACUGCAAAGCCCUCAUAUCAGACUGAUGAUUUUUCUUCCACCACUGUAACACAGGGAGAAGGAUCAGGUGACCAAACUCCAGACAUGUUCACUUCAUCCUCCUUUGUCCCUGAUACAGCUUCAUCCUUAUACAUCACUGUUGCCCCAACAGCACAAUCACCUGGAACGAAAGAAAGUCUUGGAACAGAUCAGACAAAAUUACCAUCACUUUCAGCAGAACCGCCAGUUUCUACGGUCUCUGAUGAGGUAAUAAGCUCAAGAACAGUGGCACCAAGUUUACCUUCUUUCAUAUCAUCAACCAUUCGGGGUAUUGAUGAUGAUGGUGAUGAUAUUGUCAGUGAAGUUACAAGGGUUGAGUCCAGUCCACCCAUCAUAGCAUCAACAAUUGAAUUUGAAACAGCAUCCUUCCUCAUCACAACUGAUAAAGAGAGUUCUGGAGAAGGCACAACUGACUUUACUGAAGACUCUGUCUUCACUACAACUAUUUUCCCUUCAAAGUUGAGUUCAGAGUCACCAUCAGUUACUGCAUCGCAGGAAUCCAAAACAGGUGCCUCUUCCUCGGCCAUUUUUACAAUUGCUUCAUCACUUUACAGUACUGACAAACCAACUUCAUUGUCAUCUAAAACACAAGAGACUGUUACCAUGAGUCAGACAGAGGAAGAUUCAGUGACACCUGAAAAGAGUUCUGCCUCCCCAACAACUGAUGCAUCAAUCAAAGACACUGCAUCUCCUACUGUUUCAUCGUUGUUCAGUACAGAGAAGCCAACAGCACUGCCAGUUAGGGACCAAGACAGUGCUGUCACAGAUCAGACUGCAAAGCCCUCAUAUCAGACUGAUGAUACUUCUUCCCCCACUUCAGUACAUGAAGAGGGAUCAGGUGUCCAAACACCAGACAUGUUUACUUCAUCCUAUUUUGUCCCUGAUACAUCUUCAUCCUUAUACAGCACUGUGUCCCCACAAGCACAAACACCUGAAGCAAAAGAAAGUCUUGGAACAGAUCAGACAGCAAUAUCAUCCCCCUCAGGAGAACCACUGAUUUCUUCAGUCUCUGAGGAAGUGCAAAGAAGCUCAAUAACAGCGACUCAAAGUCCACCUUCUUUCAUAUCAUCAACCAUUAAGGGUAUUGAUGAUGAAGAUGGUAUCAGUGAAGUUACAAUGGUUGAGUCUAGUCCAUCCGUCAUAGCAUCAACCAUAAAAUCUGAAAGAGCAUCCUUCCUCAUCACAACCGGUACAGAGAGUUCUGGAGAAGGCACAACUGACUUUACUGAAGACUCAGUCUUCACUACAACUGUUUCCCCUUCAAACCUGAGUUCAGAGUCUCCAUCAGUUACUGCAUCACAGGAAUCCAAAACAGGUGCUUCUUCAUCAGCCACUGUUACAAUUGCUUCAUCACUUUACAGUACUGACAAACCAACUUCAUUGUCAUCUAAAACACAAGAGACUGUUACCAUGAGUCAGACAGAGGAAGAUUCAGUGAAACCUGAAAAGGGUUCUGCCUCCCCAACAACUGAUGCAUCAAUCAAAGACACUGCAUCUCCUUCUGUUUCAUCGUUGUUCAGCACAGAGAAGCCAACAGCACUGCCAGUUAGGGAACAGGGCAGUGCUGUCACUGAUCAGACUGCAAAGCCCUUGUAUCAGACUGAUGAUUUUUCUUCCACCACUGCAACACAGGGAGAAGGAUCAGGUGAACAAACUCCAGACAUGUUCACUUCAUCCUCCUUUUUCCCUGAUACAUCAUCUUUAUUCAGCACUGUGUCCCCAACAGCACAAUCUCCUCAAACAAAAGAACUUCUUGGAACAGAUCAGACAAAAUUACCAUCACUUUCAGCAGAACCGCAAGUUUCUACAGUCUCUGAUGAGGUAAUAAGCUCAAAAAAAGUGACUCCAAGUUUGCCUUCUUUCAUAUCAUCCACCAUUCAGGAUAUUGAUGAUGACAAUAUUGUCAGUGAAGUUACAAUGGUUGAAUCUAGUCCAUCCAUCAUAGCAUCAACCAUGAAAUCUGAAAGAGCACCCUUCCUCAUCACAACUGAUACAGAGAGUUCUGGAGAAGGCACAACUGACUUUACUGAAGACUCAGUCUUCACUACAACUGUUUUCCCUUCAAAGUUGAGUCCAGAGUCACCAUCAUUUACUGCAAUAGAUGAAUCCAAACCAAGUGAUUCUUUCUCAGCCACUGUUACAAUUGCUUCAUCACUUCACAGUACUGACAAACCAACUUCAUUGUCAUCUAAAACACAAGAGAGUGUUACCAUGAGUCAGACAGAGGAAGAUUCAGUGACGCUUGAAAAGAAAUCUUCCUCCCCAACAACUGAUGCAUCUAUCAAAGACACUGCAUCUCCUUCUGUUUCAUCGCUGUUCAGCACAGAGAAGCCAACAGCACUGCCAGUUAGGGAACAGGGCAGUGCUGUCACAGAUCAGACUGCAAAGCCCUCAUAUCAGACUGAUGAUUUUUCUUCCACCACUGCAACACAGGGAGAAGGAUCAGGUGACCAAACUCCAGACAUGUUCACUUCAUCCUCUUUUGUCCCUGAUACAUCGUCUUUAUUCAGCACUGUGUCCCCAACAGCACAAUCUACUCAAACAAAAGAAAGUCUUGGAACAGAUCAGACAAAAUUACCAUCACUUUCAGCAGAACCGCCAGUUUCUACAGUCUCUGAUGAGGUAAUAAGCUCAAGAACAGUGACACCAAGUUUGCCUUCUUUCAUAUCAUCAACCAUUCAGGGUAUUGAUGAUGACGAUAUUGUCAGUGAAGUUACAAUGGUUGAGUCCAGUCCGCCCAUCAUAGCAUCAACUAUUAAAUCUGAAACAUCAUCCUUCCUCAUCACAACCGAUAAAGAGAGUUCUGGAGAAGGCACAACUGACUUUACUGAAGACUCAGUCUUCACUACAACUGUUUUCCCUUCAAACCUGAGUUCACGGUCUCCAUCAGUUACUGCAUCACAGGAAUCCAAAACAGGUGCUUCUUCAUCAGCCACUGUUACAAUUGCUUCAUCACUUUACAGUACAGACGAACCAACUGCAUUGUCAUCUCAAACACAAGAGACUGUUACCAUGAGUCAGACAGAGGAAGAUUCAGUGACGCUUGAAAAGAAAUCUUCCUCCCCAACAACUGAUGCAUCAAUCAAAGACACUGCAUCUCCUUCUGUUUCAUCGCUGUUCAGCACAGAGAAGCCAACAGCACGGCCAGUUAGGGACCAAGACAGUGCUGUCACAGAUCAGACCGCAAAGCCCUCAUAUCAGACUGAUGAUUUUUCUUCCACCACUGCAACACAGGGAGAAGGAUCAGGUGACCAAACUCCAGACAUGUUCACUUCAUCCUCCUUUGUCCCUGAUACAUCGUCUUUAUUCAGCACUGUGUCCCCAACAGCACACUCUCCUCAAACAAAAGGAAGUCUUGGAACAGAUCAGACAAAAUUACCAUCACUUUCAGCAGAACCGCCCGUUUCUACAGUCUCUGAUGAGGUAAUAAGCUUAAGAACAGUGGCACCAAGUUUGCCUUCUUUCAUAUCAUCAACCAUUCGGGGUAUUGAUGAUGAUGAUGAUGAUAUUGUCAGUGAAGUUACAAGGGUUGAGUCUAGUCCACCCAUCAUAGCAUCAACCAUUAAAUCUGAAAGAGUAUCCUUCCUCAUCACAACUGAUACAGAUAGUUCUGGAGAAGGCACAACUGACUUUACUGAAGACUCAGUCUUCACUACAACUGUUUUCCCUUCAAAGUUGAGUUCACAGUCACCAUCAAUCACUGCAUCACAGGAAUCCAAAACAGGUGCUUCUUCCUCGGCCACUGUUACAAUUGCUUCAUCACUUUACAGUACUGACAAACCAACUUCAUUGUCAUCUAAAACACAAGAGACUGUUACCAUGAGUCAGACAGAGGAAGAUUCAGUGACACCUGAAAAGAGUUCUGCCUCCCCAACAACUGAUGCAUCAAUCAAAGACACUGCAUCUCCUUCUGUUUCAUCGCUGUUCAGCACAGAGAAGCCAACAGCACUGCCAGUUAGGGAACAUGACAGUGCUGCCACAGAUCAGACUGCAAAGCCCUCAUAUCAGACUGUUGAUACUUCUUCCCCCACUUCAGUACAUGAAGAGGGAUCAGGUGUCCAAACACCAGACAUGUUUACUUCAUCCUAUUUUGUCCCUGAUACAUCUUCAUCCUUAUACAGCACUGUGUCCCCACAAGCACAAACACCUGAAGCAAAAGAAAGUCUUGGAACAGAUCAGACAGCAAUAUCAUCCCCCUCAGGAGUACCACCAAUGUCUGCAGUCUCUGAUGAAGUGCUAAGAAGCUCAAUAACAUUGACUCAAAGUCCACCUUCUUUCAUAUCAUCAACCAUUCAGGAUAUUGAUUAUGAAGAUAUUGUCAGUGAAGUUACAAUGGUUGAGUCCAGUCCAUCCAUCAUAGCAUCAACCAUAAAAUCUGGAACGGCAUCCUUCCUCAUCACAACAGACACAGAUAGUUCUGGAGAAGGCACAACUGACUUUACUGAAGACUCAGUCUUCACUACAACUGUUUUCCCUUCAAAAUUGAGUUCACAGUCACCAUCAGUUACUGCAUCACAGGAAUCCAAAACAGGUGCUUCUUCAUCAGCCACUGGUACAAUUGCUUCAUCACUUUACAGUACUGACAAACCAACAUCAUUGCCAUCUAAAACACAAGCGACCGUUACCAUGAGUCAGACAGAGGGAGAUUCAGUGACGCCUGAAAAGGGUUCUGCCUCCCCAACAACUGAUGGAGAAAGCUCAAGUGAACAGACAACUGAUGCAUCAAUCAAAGACACUGCAUCUCCUUCUGUUUCAUCGCUGUUCAGCACAGAGAAGCCAACAGCACUGCCAGUUAGGGACCAAGACAGUGCUGUCACAGAUCAGACUGCAAAGCCCUCAUAUCAGACUGUUGAUACUUCUUCCCCCACUUCAGUACAUGAAGAGGGAUCAGGUGUACAAACACCAGACAUGUUCACUUCAUCCUAUUUUGUCCCUGAUACAUCUUCAUCCUUAUACAGCACUGUGUCCCCAACAGCACAAACACCUGAAGCAAAAGAAAGUCCUGCAACAGAUCAGACAACAAUAUCACCCCCCUCAGGAGAACCACCAAUGUCUGCAGUCUCUGAUGAGGUGCUAAGAAGCUCAAUAAUGUUGACUCAAAGUCCACCUUCUUUCAUAUCAUCAACCAUUCAGGGUAUUGAUGAUGAGAAUAUUGUCAGUGAAGUUACAAUGGUUGAGUCUAGUCCAUCCAUCCUAGCAUCAACCAUAAAAUCUGGAACGGCAUCCUUCCUCAUCACAACAGACACAGAGAGUUCUGGAGAAGGCACAACUGACUUUACUAAAGACUCAGUCUUCACUACAACUGUUUUCCCUUCAAAAUUGAGUUCACAGUCCCCAUCAGUUACUGCAUCACAGGAAUCCAAAACAGGUGCUUCUUCAUCAGCCACUGUUACAAUUGCUUCAUCACUUUACAGUACUGACAAACCGGCAUCAUUGCCAUCUAAAACACAAGAGGCUGUUACCAUGAGUCAGACAGAGGAAGAUUCAGUGACGCCUGAAAAGAGUUCUGCCUCCCCAACAACUGAUGGAGAAAGCUCAAGUGAACAGACAACUGAUGCAUCAAUGAAAGACACUGCAUCUCCUUCGGUUUCAUCGCUGUUCAGCACAGAGAAGCCAACAGCAUUGCCAGUUAGGGACCAAGACAGUGCUGUCACAGAUCAGACUGCAAAGCCCUCAUAUCAGACUGAUGAUUUUUCCUCCACCACUGCAACACAGGGUGAAGGAUCAGGUGACCAAACACCAGAAUUGUUCACUUCAUCCUCCUUUGUCCCUGAUCCAUUGUCUUUAUUUAGCACUGUGUCCCCAACAGCACAAUCUCCUCAAACAAAAGAACUUCUUGGAACAGAUCAGACAAAAUUACCAACACUUUCAGCAGAACCGCCAGUUUCUACAGUCCCUGAUGAGGUAAUAAGCUCAAAAACAGUGACUCCAAGUUUACCUUCUUUCAUAUCGUCAACCAUUCAGGGUAUUGAUGAUGACGAUAUUGUCAGUGAAGUUACAAUGGUUGAGUCUAGUCCACCCAUCAUAGCAUCAACCAUUAAAUCUGAAACAUCAUCCUUCCUCAUCACAACUGAUACAGAGAGUUCUGGUGAAGGCACAACUGACUUUACUGUAGACUCAGUCUUCACUACAACUGUUUUCCCUUCAAUCUUGAGUUCACAGUCACCAUCCGUUACUGCAUCACAGGAAUCCAAAACAGGUGCGUCUUCAUCAGCCACUGUUACAAUUGCUUCAUCACUUUACAGUACUGACAAACCAACUUCAUUGUCAUCUAAAACACAAGAGACUGUUACCAUGAGUCAGACAGAGGAAGAUUCAGUGACACCUGAAAAGAGUUUUGCCUCCCCAACAACUGAUGCAUCAAUCAAAGACACUGCAUCUCCUUCUGUUUCAUCACUGUUCAGCACAGAGAAGCCAACAGCACGGCCAGUUAGCGACCAAGACAGUGCUGUCACAGAUCAGACUGCAAAGCCCUCAUAUCAGACUGUUGAUACUUCUUCCCCCACUUCAGUACAUGAAGAGGGAUCAGGUGUCCAAACACCAGACAUGUUCACUUCAUCCUAUUUUGUCCCUGAUACAUCUUCAUCCUUAUACAGCACUGUGUCCCCAACAGCACAAACACCUGAAGCAAAAGAAAGUCCUGCAACAGAUCAGACAACAAUAUCACCCCCCUCAGGAGUACCACCAAUGUCUGCAGUCUCUGAUGAGGUGCUAAGAAGCUCAAUAACGUUGACUCAAAGUCCACCUUCUUUCAUAUCAUCAACCAUUCUGGGUAUUGAUGAUGAGAAUAUUGUCAGUGAAGUUACAAUGGUUGAGUCCAGUCCAUCCAUCCUAGCAUCAACCAUAAAAUCUGGAACGGCAUCCUUCCUCAUCACAACAGACACAGAUAGUUCUGGAGAAGGCACAACUGACUUUACUGAAGACUCAGUCUUCACUACAACUGUUUUCCCUUCAAAAUUGAGUUCACAGUCACCAUCAGUUACUGCAUUACAGGAAUCCAAAACAGGUGCUUCUUCAUCAGCCACUGUUACAAUUGCUUCAUCACUUUACAGUACUGACAAACCAACAUCAUUGCCAUCUAAAACACAAGAGACUGUUACCAUGAGUCAGACAGAGGAAGAUUCAGUGAUACCUGAAAAGGAUACUGCCUCCCCAACAACUGAUGCAUCAAUGAAAGACACUGCAUCUCCUUCUGUUUCAUCGCUGUUCAGCACAGAGAAGCCAACAGCACUGCCAGUUAGGGACCAAGACAGUGUUGUCACAGAUCAGACUGCAAAGCCCUCAUAUCAGACUGAUGAUUUUUCCUCCACCACUGCAACACAGGGAGAAGGAUCAGGUGACCAAACACCAGAAAUGUUCACUUCAUCCUCCUUUGUCCCUGAUCCAUUGUCUUUAUUUAGCACUCUGACCCCAACAGCACCAUCACUUGGAUCAAAAGAAAGUCUUGGAACAGAUCAGACAAAAUUGCCAUCACUUUCAGCAGAACCGCCAGUUUCUACAGUCUCUGAUGAGGUAAUAAGCUCAAAAACAGUGACUCCAAGUUUACCUUCUUUCAUAUCAUCAACCAUUCAGGGUAUUGAUGAUGACUAUAUUGUCAGUGAAGUUACAAUGGUUGAGUCUAGUCCACCCAUCAUAGCAUCAACAAAUAAAUCUGAAACAGCAUCUUUCCUCAUCACAACUGAUACAGAGAGUUCUGGAGAAGGCACAACUGACUUUACUGAAGACUCAGUCUUCACUACUACUGUUUUCCCUUCAAACUUGAGUUCACAGUCACCAACCGUUACUGCAUCACAGGAAUCCAAAACAGGUGCUUCUUCAUCAGCCACUGUUACAAUUGCUUCAUCACUUUACAGUACUGACAAACCAACUUCAUUGUCAUCUAAAACACAAGAGACUGUUACCAUGAGUCAGACAGAGAAAGAUUCAGUGACACCUGAAAAGAGUUUUGCCUCCCCAACAACUGAUGCAUCAAUCAAAGACACUGCAUUUCCUUCUGUUUCAUCGCUGUUCAGCACAGAGAAGCCAACAGCACUGCCAGUUAGCGACCAAGACAGUGCUGUCACAGAUCAGACUGCAAAGCCCUCAAAUCAGACUGUUGUUACUUUUUCCCCCACUUCAGUACAUGAAGAGGGAUCAGGUGUCCAAACACCAGACAUGUUCACUUCAUCCUAUUUUGUCCCUGAUACAUCUUCAUCCUUAUACAGCACUGUGUCCCCAACAGCACAAACACCUGAAGCAAAAGAAAGUCCUGCAACAGAUCAGACAACAAUAUCACCCCCCUCAGGAGUACCACCAGUGUCUGCAGUCUCUGAUGAGGUGCUAAGAAGCUCAAUAAUGUUGACUCAAAGUCCACCUUCUUUCAUAUCAUCCACCAUUCAGGGUAUUGAUGAUGAGAAUAUUGUCAGUGAAGUUACAAUGGUUGAGUCCAGUCCAUCCAUCCUAGCAUCAACCAUAAAAUCUGGAACGGCAUCCUUCCUCAUCACAACAGACACAGAUAGUUCUGGAGAAGGCACUACGGACUUUACUGAAGACUCAGUCUUCACUACAACUGUUUUCCCUUCAAAGUUGAGUUCACAGUCCCCAUCAGUUACUGCAUCACAGGAAUCCAAAACAGGUGCUUCUUCAUCAGCCACUGGUACAAUUGCUUCAUCACUUUACAGUACUGACAAACCAACUUCAUUGCCAUCUAAAACACAAGCAACCGUUACCAUGAGUCAGACAGAGGGAGAUUCAGUGACGCCUGAAAAGAGUUCUGCCUCCCCAACAACUGAUGGAGAAAGCUCAAGUGAACAGACAACUGAUGCAUCAAUCAAAGACACUGCAUCUCCUUCUGUUUCAUCGCUGUUCAGCACAGAUAAGCCAACAGCACUGCCAGUUAGGGACCAAGACAGUGCUGUCACAGAUCAGACUGCAAAGCCUUCAUAUCAGACUGAUGAUUUUUCCUCCACCACUGCAACACAGGGAGAAGGAUCUGGUGACCAAACACCAGAAAUGUUCACUUCAUCCUCUUUUGUCCCUGAUCCAUCAUCUUUAUUUACCACUCUGACCCCAACAGCACCAUCACCUGGAUCAACAGAACGUCUUGGAACAGAUCAGACAACAAUACCAUCACCUUCAGGAGAACCACUGGAUUCUACAGUCUUUGAUGAGUCAUUGAGGAGCCAGAUAACAAUGACUCCAAGAGUUUCUAUUUCUAUUUCACCCACCAUACAGGGCACUGAUGAAGAUUUUGUCAGUGAAGUUACAAUGGUUGAGUCUAGUCCAUCCAUCAUGUCAUCAACCAUAAAAUCUGAAACAGCAUCCUUCCUCAUCACAACCGUUACAGAGAGUUCUGCAGAAGGCACAACUGAUCUUACUGAAGACUCAACUGCAGCUCCUGCUGCUUCAUCACUCAGCACAGAGAAGACUACAGGAUUGUCUGGUGUUGCCACUUUCCCUGUUUCCACACAAAGUACAAAGAGCACUGCUACUGUCACAAGUAUUCCCUCUACAUUUGGAACCUCACAACCCUUGGCAAUCCCCAGUGUCGCCUUAAUGGAAACAUCUACUUACAUUGACAUGGAGGCCUCUGGCUCUGGUGCAGAAGAUUUGGAGUCAAGUACAGAUGGUUCCGGUGAAGAGUUACCAGCUGAAAGUACCGCACAACCCCAGGGUGGAUUUAGAUUUGUAACAGAUGAGGCUGAAAAAGAUGAGCCUGAGAGUACAUCUGAUAUCUUAAGUACUGGAUCCUCAAAUUACUCAAGCACAGGUACUAUUGAAGGAUUGUCAUCAACCCAAUAUCCACACAUGACAGGCACUGACAUUUACAUCAGUAAGGAGACUUUUAUGGAGGAUAAGACUUCAAGUGAUGGCUUAUUUGACGUUUCUACUACAUUUGUACCAGUAACAAGUCCUCUGAUGUCCAUUACUGUAGAAACUACCAUGCAAACCACAGUGCCUGUUAGUGAUGUUGCUGCCCCAGAGGAGCAAAUGAAAAAUGCAUCAGUUGACAAUGCCAAUGCACAAGCUCUCACUGGUACUCCAGCUUCUUCCCUAUAUAGCACAGAAAAGACUACAGCAAUGUUUCUAGAAAUCCACACAUCAACAGCUCUAAGCAGUUCAGCUGAUAUAUUCUCUGAGACAUCUUCAGUGUUACCAUCAGCUGUUGACAACACGGGGAUUCCAGAUACUGAAAAGAGUACAGCAUCUCCAUCGUUCAGCGUAGAGACACCUUUAACAGCAAUAACAUCUGUCACAGAGAAGCCAAAUAUCACAACAUUGUUAACUGUCAUACCUGCCCAGCCAACCGGCACAUUACUUACAACUGAUAAAUCAACUCCUUUCACAGACGAGGAGGCUUCUGGUGACCAAACCACUGCGAUAUUUACUUCAAACCCAUCAGUGAUUAAGAGUGUUACAUUUGGUGAAGCAACAGGUGAAACUGAAACCCUUAUUUCAGUCACGCCAGAUUUUCAUGAACAGGUUUCCUCACAGGUGUCUGAAAUCACUUCUGGUACCUUCAUGUCUGAAACAACUCAGCGACCUGCAUUAAGUACUGAGAAGGUUGAAGGUACUGUAGGUGAACAUAUAACGCAGACCUUGUUUACAUCUAUGUCCUCUCAUACAACUGAAGCCUCAGCUAGUGAUCACUCUACAUCUGACUUCACCACGCUUAGCUCUAGCAGUGAAAAGCCAGAUGAACUCACACCAAUGUCCACCCCAAUUCCCUCCAUUAUAUAUCAGAGCAUUACAGACCAACAGGUCGUGAUAAUCACUCCCAGUAGCAGCAAACCCAAGACUGACCUAACUGAACAAACCCCUACCAUGGUCUUGCAUAUGUCUAAACCAUCGACCAGCACAACCGUCAUAUUCACAGAGGAUUCCACAGAUGAAGAGGAGCUGUUCUCUGCAGUUACAGGUGGUAUGAGUGAAGGCAUCACCAUUCCUAGGCUCAUCACCGAAGACAAAAUUAUCAUUGAUGCAGAUACUAUCUCCAUGGUACCCUCUCAAGAUCACCCAACCAUCCAGACAGAAGAAGCUGGAGGCGUCACAGCAAUUACAAUGACACAAACACUGGAGAGAACAGUAGAACCAGAGGGUUCAGGAAGUGAUAGUGCCACCUUUUUCACCACUUCACCUGUAUCAUUUGUUUCAACAUCCUCUGAAUAUUCACAGCCCACUUCGAAUACAUCAGCUGUGGAACCCGUUUCUACUACUGAGACAUCAAGUGAAGAGAUGGUCACAUCAUCACUACAUUCUAUUUCAGUUACUACUGUGUGCACAAAGUCAGGCUUUGAGGAAGCAAAUGAUUUACCUACAUCACAUACAGUUUUCUCUAGCGAGACUCAUACAACCACAAAUACUGACAUUACAGAUAAAACCUUAAGUUCCUCCUUUUCCGCUUCAGUCCCUGUUACACCUGUGUCAAUUGAACCUGGAACAGUUGAAACAUCCAGUGAAGAAUCUGAUGAUAAUUACACUGGCACUGAUCACUCCGAGGAAGGCUCUGGGAUGGCUACAUCAUGGACUAAUUUAGCUGUUACUGUGAGUGAAUCAGCAGUAACUGAAAAACUAGUGACAUCUACAGCGUCCUCACUGUUCAGCACUGAGAAACCCACUGUUGCACCUGACACGAUAGAUAUGGAUGCAACACUCCGGACUGGUGUAACAGCCACAUCACUGGAAGAUAGAACUCAUCAACCAAGCCAAGCGCCUUUAACUAAAGAAGUUUCAACUGAUAAUCAGCGGAGCUCAGAUGAAGACAGUGAAGUCCAGGGAACCUCAACUCUUGCUGUAAUAACUUCUGAUGAAAUAGAAGUUUCUAGGGGGCCUUUUGAUGCUACAUCUAUAACUCCAGAACCGAGAGCUGAAAAGUCUACAAACCCUGAAGAAGAAACAUCAGUUGUUGAGUCAAGCUCAGCAUAUCCAUCAGAGAGUUCAAGUGAACAAGCUCAGGAAUCAGCAGUUACAAAGCAAACACAACAUACUAUAUCCUCUACUGUCCCGUCACUGUUCAGCCCUGAGACUCCAUUGGUGGCCUCCAUAUUAGUUUCCACCGAUAAAAACACUUCAUCAUCUGAGAAUGAGGAAAUCUCUGUAUCACCAGAAGCAAGUAUUAUUCCAGAGGAUGGUUCAAGUGAUGAGACAUCAAGUAUCUUUGAUUCCGACUCUGUCACUCCAUCGAUUUCAUCACAGUCUGGUACGGUUAAGAUUGAUAGCAUCACCCAAACUGAUCGGCUAGCCCCAUCUACAUAUGGACAAACCACAGAUGUGAAGUCAGCUAAGACCUUAUUCAGUGAACCAUAUACAACACAACACCCUGCUGAGACCAGCGCCAAGUCAACAGUGAUGCCAACUUCUUUUGAGUCAGGAUCAAUGAGCUCUGAACAUGAAGACACCCAAGGUUCAGACCAAACCAGUAUGGAUCUACCCACUGCUGUUACACAGGCUGCUGACAUUUCUACAAGCUUAGAGAGUAAAAAAGCAGUUGCCACAAGCCCAGUUGACCAAAUUUCCAUUGAGUCUAGUCCAGCUGUCCUUUCCACAUUAGCACCAUCACAGCCUGAUGUUACGGUCCAAUUUGCUACAACAGUUUCCCCUGUACAACGCCUAACAACCCCCCAGGAAUCAUUUGAACAAGUGAAGUCAGAGAUCACACUAACUCACCGUCCCCACACUGAUCUUUCCUCAGUGUCACUGACCACAACUCACCCCAUUUUUGAAAGUCGGGAAACAAUCCAGACUACAACUCUCCCUGUUGUGUCUUUGGUGGCUGAAGCUGUAUCCUUCUCACUUGAAGAUGGGACAGUUAAACCGACUCUGGGCCAGGUUUCAAAUGGUGUAAAGACUACACAGUUAUCCCCACACACUCAUAGCCAAAUAACACCUUCUGGUGACAGUCUUGAGGUUUCACCCCUUGCCUCAGUUAGCAGUACUGAAAGUAGUUCAGAAGAAGAGCCAACUCAGCAACCUAUAUUAGCAGGAGCUAUUGCUGUCAUGCCUUCGUCAUCAACUCCCAUUAGUCCAUCAUCUUCCUCUAGUUCUGAGAGCAGCUCAGAAGAAAGUGUGGCCCCAGAAAGCACUAGUAAUGAGUUUGAUAACAUCACUGCUGAGCUUCCAUCAGCCCCAUCUACAUCACCACAUGUCCUUGGCACUGGGACUGAAAGUAUCUCUGUCAAGCCUGACAGUGUGUCAGCUGAGAUGAUGACAAAUAAUCCACAUAUUGACAGUACAGAGUUUCUGUCUCCUGACAAAAUCAAGACUGUAUUCAAGGCUGAUACUACCUCAGCUCCAAAGGUGGAGUCAACUACUUUUGGGAACACCAAUGGGAAACAAGACCUUGAAGGAGAUGUCUCGCCUUACACUGAAAUGCCCACAAGAACCCAUGCAGAGUCCACAACAGUGUUAGUGACUCAGGCACAAAGCCAGUCACCAUUAGUUCCAUCUGAUGCCACUUCCACAUCAUCUUUUUAUGAUGAAGACCUGGACAUUGACUCAACUGCACGUCCAUCAUUUGUUGAGGUUAAACCACCGAUAAUAAGGGAGGAAGUCACCAUAAUGCCAGGUGGAGGACUCAAUUUGGGACCCACUGUUGUCGGUGAGGCUGUUGAAAUUGCAGGAACAUGUACUGAAGACAUUUGCCUGAAUGGAGGGACUUGCCACAAAGUUGGUUCUCUCCCUACUUGUAGCUGUGCUCCUGGAUACAGCGGUGCUCGCUGUGAGACAGAUGUUGAUGAGUGCCAGUCAAAUCCCUGCCGCAAUGGAGGCACAUGUGUUGACGGGCUGGCUUCCUUCACAUGUGUCUGCCUCCCAAGCUACUCCGGGCUGUUUUGUGAAGAGGACACAGAAGUGUGUGAAUAUGGCUGGCAUAAGUUCCAGGGCCACUGCUACAAGUACUUCCCCCACAGGAGAAACUGGGACACCGCAGAGAGAGAGUGUCGCAUGCAUGGGGCUCAUCUCACCAGCAUCAUCUCUCAUGAGGAGCAACUGUUUGUCAACCGUCUUGGACAGGAUUACCAGUGGAUCGGCCUGAAUGAUAAGAUGUUUGACAGCGACUUCCGCUGGACUGAUGGCAGCACCGUGCAAUAUGAAAACUGGAGGCCCAACCAGCCUGACAGCUUCUUCUCCUCCGGCGAGGACUGUGUGGUGAUGAUCUGGCACGAGGACGGUCAGUGGAACGACGUUCCUUGCAACUACCACCUCACGUACACCUGCAAGAAGGGCACAGUGGCCUGCAGUCAGCCCCCUCUGGUGGAGAACGCGCGAACCUUUGGUCAAAAGCGCGAGCGGUACGAGAUCAACACGCUGGUGAGGUACCAGUGUCGCACAGGCUUCAUCCAGAGACACAUCCCGACUAUACGCUGCCGCGGAGACGGACAUUGGGACAUCCCUAAAAUCACCUGCAUGAACCCAUCAAGCUAUCAAAGGCCCUUCGUCAGACGACAUCAGCACAAAAGUCUCUACAGCGUGAACAACUUCAGACGGCCGGAGGAGGCCAUUAACUUUCGCCAUCAGCGCUACCGGGGGAGGAGGGACAGGACUGAACACAGGCAGAGGAGACAGUGAUGGGCGUAUAUAUACAUAAAUAUAUAACAUGGCCGAUGCUUGUGUGAAAAGAGGAAAGAUCAUUUCCUCUCAAAGAACUCACCAGAGGAUAAACCUGCAGUCUUCUUGCGUGUGGGACGACGACGGAAUCUCGUGAAGUGCCUUUUUAUUUUCAGAGAUGUUGACGGACAACGUUUUCCUACCAAUGGGCAGCGUUUUCAUAAUCGUUGCCAUCGUGGAUGAAACACUUUCAGCUGGCUACUGGAAAAGCAAAGAAAAAAAAAAAAAAAGAAAUCUCAGAUUAUUUUUUUGUUUUUUUUUAAAAACUGUGGACAUUUCUCCAUUUCUUCCUAUACAUUCAUGACUGUUGUGUAAAAACCUUUGUACACCGACUGUGCUAUUUCAAAUUACCACAAGUGAUCCUUAACAAAAAAAAAAACACCAAAAAAAACAAUGCUCUUGUGAAAUUAUAGCGCUUAUGUUAUGUAAAGAAGUCAAAUAAUAUGGGUGUGCUGUUUUUAACCUUUAACUCUGUUUAACUUUGACUUCUCGGAUCAAAUUGGCAUCAGUGGAGUAUUUUAUCACUUUUAAAGUCUGCUGUUAACUUUAAUCAUCAGAUGUGUAUAUAUAUAAGAACAGAAUCAUAUUCUGAUGGUUUCAUAAUUCAGAUUUAAAGACCGCCUCUCAUCAGCAGCCUUCACUGGAUGUCAUCAAUGUUUCUUUUUUACCUCCAAAACUGAUUUUUUCAUUUGAUUUUUCUCAUUUAAGUGCCGAUCAAAACAUCCUUUAACCACGGAUCAAUAUUCAUUCAUUGAAAGAAGGGAAUAUUUUCUGCUCUCCACUGUCUCUCAACUGUUGCUGCUGUGCCGUAGCUCGUCGUUUUUUCCUUCUGCACACUUAUUUCUACUGUUGUUGUUUUUUAAAUUUUUCUAGUCAAAAUCAGCCAUUGAGAGAAUGUAUUUUGUGAAACACUCAAAUAGACUUGAACGUAGUAAAGGCUGUGUAAGCAGAGAGACACAGAGAGACACAGAGAGAGAGAGAGAGACAUAUAAUUUAUUUUCAAGCUGCUCAUGAUGACUUGUUAAUAAGAUAUGAAGCUGUUGUCCAGCCCAGCAGUGCUUCUUCAUAUAUUAUUAUUAUUAUUAUUAUUAUUCUAUGUUCAACAGGAGACCAGCGACGAUCCAAAUGAGUCACAUUUAAGAUAAUAUGAGCAAUUUAUAUGUUUGUUUUUUUCUUUUAAUGCCAACAUCAGUGGACCAAAGAAAAAUGGAGGGGGCCCCAUUGGCUGCAAUAAUGUUAUACCAAAAAAAAUGUUUGUACAUGUGGAUGGUUGUGUGUGUCUACUGCCAUUUUGUGUAAAUGUGUGUGGGGGGGGAGGGGGAGAACCAAUGUUAUUUUGUCUGCCUGUGAAUGUGUGUUUGUUCCAGCCUUAAUGUGCACAUAAUGUCAUAUUUAUAGCAGUUUUUAUUUUACAAUGUGAAUGUUUUCGGGACGUUUGUGAAUUUUUAAGAAAGAAAAGAAGAAAAAAAAACAGAAAAUCCAACUUUUUUCCCCCCUGCCCGCCCUGCUUUAAAUCACCAAAGAAAUAAAAAUAAAUAUAUAUAGACAUUA